AUGAAAUAAUAGUUAAGCUUAUUAAACCUGACAUGCAAUUAACCUAAAACUAAGGCUAGUAUUAUACACAAAACUUAAGAUUUAAAAAAGAAGACGAGUAGUUUUGAUGUUAUAGGAAAAAGCCCAUACAAAAGCAAUUUUAAUAGAUAAAAUUCAAGACAUCUUCUCAAAGAAUAUCAACCUAUAACAAGUAGAGUUAAUUAGAGAUAAAGUAUUAAAUCACCUCCUGAAUCAACAAAGACCAGCAAACCUAUUAGUCUGAGCAAUAACAGUACAAAUUUAAUCAUAUAUAUAUCAAAGAUGAAUUAAAAUAUAUAGACUCUUAAAAACGAGCAAUUUAAAAGUCCUAUCAAUAUUAAUUGAAAGCCUUGUUAGGCAGUGAAUAAGAAAAACCUACACUCUUCGAUUAAACAAAAAGUAUAUAAGAAAUAUAUAUAUUUUAGGAAUAAAUACAUAAAUAAAUUCUAACAUUUUGCCACAAUCUCCAAAAUAAAACAUAAAAACAAGUCCAGAUGUUAAAUAUAAUAAAAUUGAAAACUCAAAAAGCAAAGCUACUUUCUAAAAUACAAAUUUAAAUGUUUCUGAUAAAAUACUUUAAUUAGAGAAAAAUAAAUAGAAAAUAAUUUCUUUAUAACUCAAACUUGCCAAGAAUAUCAAACAAAGACCUUAAAAAUAGUCAUUUCCUGUAAUCUCUUUAAUGGAAAAAUCAGAAUCUUAUAAUUUCUAAUCAAACUCAAAACAAUAAUUACCUUAAUCAGCUUUAAUUGUUUUAUAGAAGUAUUCUGAUCUUUUAAAUGAUUUUGAAAAAAAAGAAAUUAUUGAUUAUGAAACUAUUUAUUAUUUAGCUCCAAAACAGAUAACUUAGAGCCAAAAAGAUACCAUUGGAUCUUAAUAAAAUAAUGGAUUUGAUACAUAAGAGUAUGUUCUAUUUAAUUAAUAUUUUUAGUGGAGAUUACAUAUUUAUAAAAUAAGAUUAAAUUGCCUAUCGAUAUGAAAUGUUAGAAAAAUUGGGACAUGGAAGUUUUGGAUAUGUUUUUAAAGUUAUGGAUCAUAAACAUAAUUAAUAAGUGGCUUUAAAGAUUAUUAAAAAUAAAGAAAAAUUUUAUAAAUAAGCUCUAAUCGAAAUAGAUAUUCUCAGAAUAGUAAACAAAGCAGAUGUUUCUUGUUGUUUAAUUAAGAUGUUGAAUUAUUUCGAAUUUCGUGGUCAUAUCGUAAGUUCUAUAUAUUAAUAUAGGAAGUGCAUGGUUUUCGAGCUUUUAAGUUGUAAUCUAUAUGAAUUCAUUGCAAUUAAUGAUUUCAUUGGCUUCGAUCUCGAUUUAAUUAGAAGAUUUGCUAUAUAAAUCCUUCAAGGUCUUCUCUACUUAAAGGAAUGCAACAUUAUUCAUUGUGAUCUGAAACCUGAAAACAUACUCCUUAAAGAUAUCAAUAGAUCUGGUAUACGUAUUAUAGAUUUUGGAUCCAGUUGUUUCACUAACCAAAAGAUAUACUCAUAUAUAUAAGUAAAUUAAUAAAUCUAUAGUUUAUUAGAGUAGAUUUUACAGAGCUCCUGAAGUAGUUUUGGGAUUAGGUUAUUCUACCUAAAUUGAUAUGUGGAGUUUCGGUUGUAUAAUUGCAGAAUUAUUUACUGGAGAAUCUUUAUUUUAAUCAAAAUCAGAAAAAGAAUUGUUAUUCUUAUAAAUCAAAGUUAUAGGCAUGCCUCCAAAAGAUUUGAUUGAGUAAGGAUCUCGAAAAUCUAAAUUUUUUGAUGAAAAAUGUUAACUCAAUUAUAAAAUAAAGGAUGCAGAUUUAUUAUAAUAAAUUAAAACACUAAAUUAACAUUUGGAAAAAGCAGAUCCUUAAUAUUAAGAUGUAAUUAUAAUAUAUUUAAUUAAGUUUGUUAUUAAAUGUCUAAGGUGGAAUCCAGAUUAAAGAAUGACACCUGAAGAAGCAUUAAUUCAUCCAUGGAUAAUAAAUGGAUUACCUGUGACUGUCAGAAAAUAACAUAUUUAAUAAAUGAAAAAUAUUAUGGUUAUUCCUGAGGAUUUAGAUUUUAAAUAAGGUCAAGGUGAAUAAUAAAAUGAAUUUUAAUGA